AUGGCGUCGACUCUGUUCACCGUUGGCCCUUACAUGGACAUGCUGUUGGAUGGAAUGUUAAUGCCAUCAGAAGAACUCGCCGAUGGCACAUUGGUAUGGGAGAAUCCGUCCGAGGACGGCAAGAUCCCCCUCAUGGCUCUCCACGAUGUUGGCGUCUUCGUGAAGUGGAUCUUUGACCACCCAGAGCGUUCCACGGGAGUCAACCUCGAAAUGGCCACCGACCAGGUCUCUUGGUCGGAUAUCACAGCGACCUUUGAGCGUGUGACGGGACGCAAGGGAAUCCACCGCAAGCUGUCCUUCGAGGAGUGGGGCCCUAAGAAGGAACCGUACCCCAAUGCCCCUGCCAACUGGGCGAAUACCGAUGGAACACCGGCCACGAUGACAUGGCUUCAGAACUUCACGGCGUGGUGGAAGUUUUGGGGUGGAGGGCUGGGAGCGACUCGGGACAUGAAGUUGAUGGACGAAAUUUACCCUGGUAGGAUCAAGACACUGGAGGAAUGGAUGCGGAAAGUUAACUACCAGGGUGCAGGAUGA